AUGACGUCGCUGAGAGCCGUGCUACCGGACGACUCGAGCGCGCUGUGGCGCUCGUCGUGGUCCAACGAUGCUGUUUCAGACCCCCGCUUCGCUGUGGAGAUGCGCGUGCGGCACGUCGCCAUUCGCGACACAGUCGUCGUCAUCGACAGCAAAGGAGAGCACGUGGAGUACAAGAUUGAGGUCAUGACGCAGACGUUCCAGUGGUUUGUGUUUCAUCGCUACUCCGAGUUUGUGGCCCUGCACAAGGAGCUGGUGAAGCUGUUUGACCUGAAGCGAGACAUGCUGCCCUCCAAGCGCAUGACUGGCAACCUGGCGUCGAGCGUUAUCAAGGACCGCCAGUUUGCGCUGCAGCGCUACCUGCAGCGUCUCAUCAACAGCCAUCCAGAGCUCCUUUUCUCCAAGCCGCUCCUCGACUUUCUCGACGUCCUCAAGCACGAUGUCAUUGCCGUCGCCGGCAAACUCGCAAAGCACUUUCGAGAACACGGUGACGAGGUGCUGCGCCAGCACAAACCAAUCCACCUCACCCCAAACCAGUGCAGAUGCGCCGCCAAGCGCCGGCACCUGCCCAUGGACGCGCACGUGCCGCCCGAGGUGGCGACGGAACCGCUGUCCGCAUACGGCCAUCCAUCGUUUCUUCCAGACCUCUUUGAAAUCUGCCAGCGCAUGACGCAACUUGUCGUUGCGCCGCGGAAACUCAAAGGCGCACGCCAGCCAGAGGUGUACACUGACGAUUCCUCCAUCGAUCUGAGCGUGUUCCCGUCCCUCACUUUCCUCGAGAUAUUCUAUGUGCCCUGCACGAAGAUCCACCACCUCAACACCGUUCAGCGCUCGCUCAGACACCUCAAGGUGUCGCGGUGUCAGGUGCAGAGCCUGCGCUACAUCCUGGCAGAUGCGGUGACGGUACGAACGGGUCCGAUCAAACCAACAGCCACCGGUGUCGACUCCUGGCGCGUGCUUGCUGUCAGCCGCCUCUCUGCUCACAAGCGCAUACUUCGAAGAUGGGAGAGCUUGGAGCACUUGAACCUGAGCUACAACCAGAUCCACACCGUCGACCCGUCCUGUCUUGAGCUUGUUCCACUGCUGGAAGUCCUCAACCUCUCGUGCAACAACAUGGUGGACAUCAACACAUGGCUUUAUCGCGGCACACCGCUGGCGCGAUUGCGCAAGCUGGACAUGUCAUUCAACGACAUUACAACACUCGUUGCACCCUCUCCAGAAGAGUUGGCCGCAUUUCCUUCUCGGCGCCUCAACUCAUUCAACAGACGAACGCCGCCAGGCACGCCAGGGAUUGCGAAACCAAUUCACGUCUCUGCAGGGUGGAGCCGGCCAUCAACAACGCGCGGAUCGCCGUCUGCAUCGUCGCUUGCGAGCCCAACGAAGCCCUCGCCAGCACACUCGCACGCAGGGAGCAUGUCUGAGCUGAUGGCGGACGCCAGCGACAGCGACGAUGAGUUCGCUCUCCUGCUCGAAGAGGAAGAGAAGAUUGAAGGGACACUGGACCUGUCCAAGGCGGUGGCAGCGCGAGAGGCGUGGCUGCGUGAGGUGGAGGAAGAGAACAAGAGAAAGCGCAAGGAGGAACGCAGACGUAGACGCAACCGUGGUGAUGGCGACGACGCUAGCGACGCCGUGUCACUAUCAAGCGGCCCUGGUGCUGGCGGUGGCGAACGCGAUGGCAUGUCACCACGGCGGCGCGGCUCGAUCCGCAGCUGGGCGUCGCAGUUUAUUCCGUCGUCAUCGUCGUCGGCAGCAGUGGAGUUCACAUCCCGUGAACAAGGACAGAGCUCGCACGUGCGCAGUGGCAGUGGUGGCGCUGUUGGUGGUGGUGGUGGUGGCGGCGGCGACGUUGUGCUGAGGAACGGCAGCAGCAACGGGUUGGCGAGCAGCAGCCCCUGUGCACAACCAAAAGCGUCGCUGUCGCCAUCGCCAUCAGCAACACUUGUGGGCACGGGUAGCGUGACCUCUGCUGCGAGCAGUGACCGUGCGAGCCCCUUUGAACGCCCGCUGCUGUCAGCACGCGACAUCAGCGCAUCGACUACGACGCUACAGUCGUUCAGCCAGGACUCUGUCUUCCAGUUUGGCGGUGCUGGUGAACAUGGAAGCCGUGUUGGUGGUGAUGAUGAUGGCGAUGGCCAUGGUGAUGAUGACACAAGCAGCAUCGGUGGUGGUGGUGGUGGUGGUGGUGGUGGGGACUUGGACAGUGACCGUUUUGUGCUCGGAGUUCGACCAACCUCCAUCUCAAGCGAUUUCAGCCUACACUGGCCUUCAUCCAACCCACACCGGCUGUGCGACCUGAUGCCGAUGUUGAACGAGCUUCACCUCGCUUCCAACCUCCUCCGCUCGCUGGACGGGCUGCAGAAUCUGCGCUGCCUGGAGUACUUGGACGUGCGCUCAAACAGACUCGACGCCCUCACUUCCAUCGAAGCCAUUCGCACCCUGCCCAAGCUCAACCAGCUCCUGAUCCAGGGCAACGGGCUGUCCCGCCAACACAAGAGAUAUCGCAAGACAAUCUGGCUCUUCUUUGGUGGUGAGUUUGCAUCGUCUGCUCUCGUCCUAGUUUGCCUUGUGUUUGUCUUCUGUUAA